AUGGAGGACGAGACGGCGGACCGCGAGUGCGAGGGGCCGGCCCUCGCGCCCCCCGCGGCGGAACAGCGCGAGGAGACGGCCGGCGACGUCGAGCGAUCGCUGGCCGGGCUCGAGGACGAGACGGAGGGGCGCACGGCGCCGGACUGCGGUCCGACGAAAAUUUUCGGUGCUACCAAGGUUUUGGAGAAGAUGAUCAAGAAGCAGAGAGCUGCGGGCAUGAUGCCGGCAGCGCGACGUUGGCCGACCCUACCAGUUACGGCAGAAAGACGACUGGGCCCCGUAGCCGGGCGCGCUCUCAACGCGAAGAACAACCGCUAUUUGCCGGCGAGACGCUCAGACGCCAUCAUCAUCGAUUUCGGCGUUGGGAUCGCCUGUUUCGCCGGGACUGCGACCGACGAGCUCGCCGAGCUGAAGUGGCUGACGAAGCAGGAGAUGCAGGACCCGCGGCAGAAGAUCGAGAACCUGCACCGGACGCUCGGCGCGCAAGACGUCGAGCAGGCCGGGCAUCCAGCCCUCGACCGACACUCCGAGCGCAGCCGCGCGAUUCCAGAGGACGUCGACGGCGCGAGCGACGUCGACGCCAUCGAGGGAACGCGCGGCGAGUCCGACGGGGAGGGGGCCGGGCACGAGUCAGCCAGUGAGCCGAUAGGCAUCGAAAUUAUAGCAUCGACGUGCGAGCCGGAACCGUCCGAUGGGGCGCUCGAGAAAACGAAGGCUCCCGGGACCCUUUGCCAUCGCGACAAGGCCCAGGGCGCCCGGGGCAGCCGCGGCGGCUGCAACGGAGACACCUGCGCCGAGCCGCCAGCUCAAGUCAGGCGGGCAAGGCGGUGGCAGCAAGCGCCCGACGGGAAGCGGCGGGCGACCUGUCUCUCCAGCAAGGGCCUCCGCGAGAUCACCCAGGAGAGACCCGCGCCGCGACCCGCGACCCCGAGAGUGGACGAGACCGCGGAGUCGGACGACUCGUUCCUGAAGACGGGAACCUCCGACGAGACGGAGGAACUCCCGCGGGCGGAGACCGAGGCGCCGCGGGCGGCCCAGGACGCAGGCGCGACGAGGGGCAACGCCAUGCGCCACGAUGAGGGACAGCUCAAGAAGGAGAAGAAGGUCCGGAGGCUCAAGAAGGACGACGUCAGGGCGGCACUCUUGCAAGGUGGUGGCAGCCAUCGUUGGAUGGACGUGGAGAUGCAGCUCCAAAAGGCGUUUCGCCGGAUCCCCUGGGAAGAGGGACAGUUCAAGCUGUCGGGGCUGGCGGACAGCCAGGGCCAGGACGGACGAAUCACGCUCCUCCAGCAGGAGCCCAUCGACAACGUCAAGGAUGGACAGAACUACCAACUGAAUUUCGAGCCGUUCAAGGGCACUCCCGCGAUCGCGGGCUGGAGCGACGCAGCCUGGGCGAACUUCCCAGACGGCAAAUCCACCGGCGGCUGCGUGAUCGGCGGCCCGGCUAACCGGGGGCCAGGCUGGGGCAGCGCGCGGCGCAGCGGCGUCUCGUCGGCAGCGGGCCUGGCGUACUGCCCUCUGGAGCUGGCCUUGCGGCGGAGGGUGGGGAUGCCCAGCGCCGACCUCCGACACGUCCGUGCACUCGCGGCGCCCUGCGCGGGAUGCUGCCUCGGGGCCCCGCGGGGCGGAGCAGGUGUCGGCACAGCGCCCUGCGAAGAGGUGCCGCUCUCGUCGCCGCGGUCGCCGCGCUGCCCCUCGGCCUCGGGCCCCGCGCACGCCCCGAGGGCUUCGCCGCUCCCCGCGGGCAGCUCGCGCGCCCACCGAGGGCGGCCGGCGGCGCGCAGACGCGCAGCACAACUGGCGCGGACACCGCCGCCGCCACCGGCAGGGUUGCCGCGCUCGCCGGGCGGCCGAGCUGGGCCCCAGGGCGCGCAGCUGGCGACAGCUCGCGGGCGCCGCUGCAAGCGCUGCCGCCGGUGCUUGCGGCCGCGGCAGCCCGCGUGGCGGCGCGCCCGUUCUUCUACGGACUGUUCGUGUUCCCGAACAUGCUGUCGCUGCUAG